GCAGCUUGCCUCAGACAUUCCGAAGCAGUUUUAUACGCCGAUGAUACAGCCUUACUAGUAUCACAUCAUUCUCUUGAAGAGGCCGAAUUACUAGCAAAUAACGACUUGAAAAAUACGAUAACUUGGUUUAAUUGCAACAAGCUGGUGCUAAAUAUUAAAAAAACUAAGUUCAUUGUUUUCGCGUCUGAUCGGAAACAACAAUCAUUUACAUGUAACCUGCAUCUAGGAGGUUUACACAUCGAUCAAGUUAUCACUUAUAAAUACCUAGGAAUUACCCUAGAUUCAACACUACACUGGGCUCCCCACAUUGACGAGCUAUGUAAAAAAUUAACCUUCGGAUGCUUUUCAUUAGUGAAAGCACGGAAACAUUUUAGUAAACAAACAUUACGCAUGAUUUACUUCGGUGUGUUUCAUACUCAUUUAACCUAUUGUGUUGAAUCAUGGGGUUUCACUUACGCGUCAUAUCUAGCGAGAGUUACCAUUCUGCAAAGAAGGGCAAUCAGGAUAAUAGCAGCAGCAGCUAUACAUGCAUCAGCUAAGCAUCUUUUUAGUGAAUUAAACAUACUCCCCAUCAACUUAGCUCGCGACCAUAAGACUGCCACUUUAGUCCAAAGAAUUUUAACCCAGAAUACUCCAUAUCACUCUUCUAUAUUCAAUUUUCCAAAACGUGAAACCCGACAACUACAUUAUAAUAACCUUAAUUUGCCGAUAACUUAUAAUGCCUACGGGCGCCGCUUAAUAUCGUUCAUUGGUGCGAAGAUAUGGAAUAACAUUUCAUGUAAUAUAAAACUAGCAACAAAUUUUGUACUCUCAUUAAAACGAUUUAUUUCAUCUGAAGUGUACAACUCACCCUGUUAACUCCGUACUAGUAGUUAUAUUAUUUGUGCAGCUAUGUAUAGAUUGUGUGAAUGCCUAUAGGAUUGUUUUAAAUGUGAAUGUUUUUUUAAUGGAUCCAUUACUAGCCAUGUAGGCUAUGGAUCCAGAUGACUAA